AUGCCUCAGACAUCCAAUGGAGCUCAAAACAUCGGAUCAAAGAAGCUCAAGCUCCGACCAGAUGACGGGCCGCUAGCGAGUCGAAAUUCUAAACCCUGGACACUCGAGAAUAGCUUCACGGAGUAUCAGAAACGCAGCGAAUAUCACAUUCUAUAUCUCGAACAGACACUCCGCGAAGACAGAUCAUAUCAAGAGAUAUCGCCUCAGAUACAUCAAAAUAAAUCCCAUACAAAACUCAACAUGGACGGACUUACCGCAGCUGAGCAGAGAGAGUUCCAAUCUCGCAUGGAACGAAAACAGAUGAAGGAGUUUAUGGGUAUGUUCUCCGGCCUCGUCAACCACUGCUUCGAAUCCUGCAUCGAUGACUUCACCACCAAAUCCCUCGUCCAACGCGAAACCGGCUGCGUAACAAGAUGCGUAAAGAAAUUCAUGGCGGGAAGUGAAAGAAUCGGACAGAGAUUCCAGGAGCAACAGGCACAGAUGAUGCAACAACCACCCCCGGGAAGAUAA